AUGACUGCAGUAGUAGAAGAUAUGCCAGUUACUAUUCUUAAAGAGGAAGAUCUAGGUCGAAUUGUUCAACAAAAUUAUAUUCUUUCAUCACAAUAUGAAUCACUUGAUACUGAUGAUUUAUAUACAAAAUAUAAAAAACUUCAACGACAACUUGAAUUCUUAGAAGUUCAAGAAGAAUAUGUUAAAACAGAAUUAAAAAAUUUAAAAAAAGAAAUGUUACAUGCACAAGAGGAAAUAAAACGUAUUCAAAGUGUACCACUUGUUAUUGGACAAUUUCUUGAAGCUGUUGAUCAAAAUACCGGUAUUGUUGGAUCGACUACAGGUUCAAAUUAUUAUGUACGAAUUUUAUCAACAAUUGAUCGAGAACUUUUAAAAACUGGUGCUAGUGUUGCUUUACAUAAACAUUCAAAUGCACUUGUUGAUAUUCUUCCACCAGAAUCAGACAGUAGCAUUUCCAUGUUACAAGCUGAUGAAAAACCGGAUGUUGAUUAUGCGGAUAUUGGUGGAUUAGAUCUGCAAAAGCAAGAGAUUCGUGAAGCUGUUGAGUUGCCAUUGACACAUUUCGAAUUAUAUAAAUUAAUUGGUAUUGAUCCACCACGUGGUGUACUUAUGUAUGGCCCUCCGGGUUGUGGAAAGACAAUGUUGGCUAAAGCUGUUGCUCGACAUACGACUGCUUCAUUUAUUCGUGUAGUUGGUUCAGAAUUUGUUCAAAAAUAUCUUGGCGAAGGUCCUCGAAUGGUUCGAGAUGUGUUUCGUCUUGCUAAGGAAAAUUCUCCUGCUAUUAUUUUUAUCGAUGAAAUUGAUGCAAUUGCUACAAAACGUUUCGAUGCUCAAACAGGAGCUGAUCGUGAAGUACAACGUAUUCUACUUGAAUUACUCAAUCAAAUGGAUGGUUUCGAUCAAAGCAUUAAUGUUAAAGUUAUAAUGGCAACAAAUCGUGCUGAUACACUUGAUCCAGCUCUUCUUCGUCCUGGUCGUUUAGAUCGUAAAAUUGAAUUUCCUGUACCUGAUCGACGACAAAAACGUUUAGUUUUUUCAACUGUAACUAGUAAAAUGAAUUUAAGUGAUGAAGUUGAUUUAGAAGAUUAUGUUGCACGUCCUGAUCAUAUAUCAGGUGCCGAUAUUAACUCAAUUUGUCAAGAAGCUGGUAUGCAAGCUGUACGUGAAAAUCGUUAUAUUGUAUUAGCAAAAGAUUUUGAAAAAGCAUAUAAAAAUGUCGUAAAGAAAAAUGAACAAGAUUUUGAAUUUUAUAAUGCAUUAGAAAGACUCAGUAAACCAACACCUAAAAAUAAUAAUAAUAAUAAGCAAAUUCAUCAACGUCUAAGUGCACCAACAAAUCACAUGAUUACAGAUGCACGACAAUUAUUAACAAAUCGAACUACACCAAUAUUUGAUGCUCGACAAUUAUUAAGUCGACAAUCAUCAGGAGCUUCUAAUACUUCUGUAAUAAUACGAAAAGAUAUCGUACAAACUGAAGAAGAAGAUGAUGAACAAGAUGAUGAUCAGCAAAAACUAGAAGUUAUAAGUAUUUUGAAUAAGGCUCCAAAGAAUAACACAUUUUUGGCUGUUCAGAAUCCCAAGUCAACUGAAUCAAUUUCUUUUACUAAAACAAUCAAAAACACAUCAUUCCAACGUGAAGAUGAUGCUCAUCAGUUUCAAACUUCCAAUACUCAAGUAUUUUCAUCUGACAAAAAAGUCGCCAUCAGUUUUGUAAAAGAUCAAUCCCGCAAAAGACCUAAAUCACCAUCUCCAACUUCAACUUCACCUUCACCUUCACCUCCUCCAAGAAUUAGACGUUUACAUGAUGUUUCUAUUCAAACAAUACAUCCAUCAUCUGUAUCUCGAUCACCAAUUCAAAUAAAUUCUCAUCGGCGACAUUUAGAUGAGCACAAUGAUCAUCAUGAAUCUCCAAUAAAACGUAUUUCUUCACGAAAUACAACAAUAGACACAGAACAACAAGAUCUAUCUACAUUAUUAAAAAAUUCUUUAAAACGAAUGCCGAAAAAUGCAUCUGAUUACAUACGAACAAAAGAAAAGCCAUCAAUACAAUCAAAUUCAGAUGCUACAACAGUUUUAGUAACAAAUCUUCAAUCAUCAGUUACAGAAGACGAUGUUACUGAAUUAUUUAGUGAAGUUGGUCAUAUUGAUGAAAUAAUAACAUUAAGUCGUGGUUGUGUUCAAAUUGUUUAUUCGAAACCAGAACAUGCUGAAGAAGCAGUUGCUAAAUAUCAUAAUCGAUUAUUAGAUGGACAACUCAUUUAUGUUAGUCUUCAACAACCAUCUUCUUAUGCAACAAAAUCAUCCAAAAAUUCUUCUUCAUCACGAUAUUCCAAAUCAACAACAUCGAAAGACAAUAGAUCAUCACAAUCAAUUAACGAAAAUGAAUAUUCAAAAUCAAAUUCAAAUAAAAUUGUUAUUGAUCCAACAUUUAUGCGUCAAGCUCUAUUCUAUCCAUCCAAUAAUACAAAAAAUCCUGUACAAUUUCAAGUUAAACUUUAA